GAUUGCGGAAAGCUCUUUACGGGCUCAAGCAGGUCCCGCGGGCAUGGUUCCAUCGUUUCAGUAGUUUUUUAUUGUCUCAUAAUUUCACAUGCAGAUCUUGGUGACCUUCAUUACUUUCUUGGAGUCCAGGCUAAACGUUCUGAUAAAGGUGUGUUUCUCUCUCAACACAAAUAUGUGUGUGAUCUUCUUUCUCGUUUCCACUUACAUACAGUCAAGCCUGUUCACACACCUCUGGCUACCCACACCUCUCUUUCCCUCACUGAUGACGGAUGACGAACUCCUUGCAGAUGCCACUGAGUAUCGUAUUAUGGUUGGUGUUUACGAGGGACUUUGGAUCAUGGUUUAUGGCUGAGCCCUAAUGCACAUGUGACUUGUGUAAUUGCCUAUUUUGAUGCUGAUUGGGCUGGAUGUCCAGAUUCAUCCCGUUCGACGACUGGUUUUGCUGUCUUUUUAGGGCCGAACUUGGUCUCCUGGAACUCCAAGAAACAACCUACAGUUUCCAAAUCUUCUACAUAGGCCGAAUACAGAGCUGUUGCUUACACAGUACAGGAUACCUUGCAUAUUUGUUCAAUUGUUCCAUUUUAUUUGAGCUUGGUUUUCCUGUCAAGGCUCCUGUUCAGUUAUUUUGUGACAACAUUUCUGCUUCCUACUUGACUGCUAAUCCUGUUCAGCAUGCUCGCAGCAAACAUAUUCAGAUUGACUAUCAUUUUGUCAGGGAACGUGUUGCGCAUGGCGAUUUGAUCGUGAAGUAUAUUCCUACACAGUUGCAGUUGGCUGACAUUUUUACUAAAAGUCUCUCUAGUCAGCAAUUUCAUUUUUUAAAAGACAACCUGCGCGUUGUAUGUCCCGCACAGUUUGAG